AAAUCUUUCCAGCAGUUUCCCUCCCUCCCCGUUUUCUCUCGUCCACAAACGGCACAGCAGGACCCCCGUCCGAGGGCUCAACCGCGCCUAACCCUCGCCUCGGAGUUUUACAACAAAAGACAACCACUUGGAAAGUGUUUUUCAGCUGGGGAUUUAUCACUGGACGGGAAGAGAACAAAGGGGAGGGACGGUCUGCGCUGAUGGACUCGGAGAUGAGAUAGCUUUCCUAAUCUAGCCCAUCUCCCCAUCCUUCCUUCCCCGUGGUCGGACGGGCUGGGACUCUUCUUUCCGGAUGAUGUAACUGGUUUGUGACAGCUCGGAUUUACCGUCGCCGCCAGCAUUUUACUUUUAAUUAUCAGCGGUGAUACCCGACGACAAGCCGCAUCCUCGGCUUUUCUUCUCGGAGCCCGUGUCCAGGUUUCGGUGAGGGGGCUCAGCUCAGCGGGACGUUGCACGGAGCUCAACUGGCACUUCCCCCGGUGUGGGUGAGCGGCGGUGCAGUCAUGUGGCAGAGGAUUCAGAUUUGCUGCGCACUGUUUGCACUGUAUUCAGCGGCACCGCCUGCACACAUCAACCGUCUGGCGCUGUUCCCUGACAAGAGUGCCUGGUGCGAAGCCAAGAACAUCACACAGAUAGUCGGGCACACGGGAUGUCAGCCUCGCUCUAUUCAAAACAGAGCUUGUCUGGGCCAGUGUUUCAGCUACAGCGUCCCCAACACAUUCCCACAGUCAACCGAGUCUCUGGUGCACUGUGACUCCUGCAUGCCUGCCCAGACACAGUGGGAAGUGGUGACUCUGGACUGCCCCGGCAGUGAAGACUCUCCUCGGGUGGAUAAACUUGUGGAGAGGAUCUUCCACUGCAGCUGCCAGUCAUGCAGUAAGGAAGGCGCCCAGGAGGGGGCGGUGAUGCAGCUGUAUCCAGCAGACAACGGCCUGGACUCCUCUCCGUCCUUAUCCGACACCCUCAGCGCAGUUCACUCUGACCCUCUGCCCCACUCAGACCCACACUCUAAUAAGCAUGCUCAGCCACACACGGACCACCACACGCUACCCCACACAUCAGACGGGGGCUAGGUCCAUCGUCUGUCUCACCAUUAUUGGGACUUUGCUUGCUUCUCUGUUCUCCUCCACACUGCGUCCUCUAUACCAGUCUGUAGUAUUGUAAAGGCACUUUGAACGCAUGACUUCACUUUGUGUUAAAACGUUUCUUAAAACACUCACACAGUCAUGCUUUCAGAAUACACUCUACUGUAUAUAAACUCGUACAAACACACAAGCCUGAGCACUCUUUUGUUUCCUGAUUAACACGUGCGUGUGUUUACAUGUGUGGAUCCAGACACGACUAUAGUCUGAUAAUAAACGGUAGUCUUUUAAUGCGCUUUGAAUGCAAUAAAUUCUGUUGUUGUCA